AUUUAUUUUAUCAAAGGGAUCGAUAUUACUCAUUAUGCGCCGAGGGGACCGCAUACUGAAUUGAAGGGGUCGCAGGGUAAAGACGAUCGCUUUAAAUAGAAGAUUUAAGUGUAGAAUCAAGUUGGUAAAUUUAAAUUCAUGUAUAUAAAAUAAGCUGUGAAUUAUCUUUUAGAAAAUUGGCACUAUUUAAAACAAUAAAAGUGAUGGAGAAAAUGUCAAGGAAGCGCUUAAUUAUGCUGAGCUAAUUUUAAACGAGGAAGGAUUAAAUGCUUUCGUUUUGAAAUCAUGUGACGUUUAUUUAUGUAAUCUUAAAAACAUUCCAAAACUCUUAAGGGAUAGGCUAAAGACAGUUACCAAUCAAUAUGGGUACCUUGGCAGCUCUAAAGUUUGAGAAGAGAUCAUAGAAAGUGACACAGUAGUGUUCCAAGAUCUGGAAGGUUUCUGAUAUACUUCGAGUCCCUUCUACCGGAACAUAAAUAAAUGUAAAUGUUGGCUGAGAAAAGACAUAUGAUACGAUACAAAGGCGUAUAAUCUAUUAAUAAAAACGCACGAAUUAAGGCUAAAACAAUGGAAGGUUCAGCUGGGGAGGAUCUGCCAGAUGGCUGGGAAGAAAGAUAUGAUACUACACACGGUCGUAUUUUUCAUGUUCAUCCUGAUAACGUUUUCCUGCUGCAACAAUCAUACAAGAUUUGUUUUUCAUUUCAAGAACGGAGGAUUGCUCAGUUAGAAGAUCCAAGAAUACAAGGUUCACAAACUAAACAGUACGGUAAAGACUGGAUCAAUAUCAUUGAUUACAAUGCCCCUCUUGAAGACUUUCUAUGGUUUCAUGGAAAUCUUUCCCGGAGAGAGGCAAAAAGGCUUCUAAAACAUAAGCCUAAUGGAACUUUUCUCAUAAGACAAAGUCAAUCUUGCCCAGACUGGUUUGUCAUUGCCGUAAGAUGUACAACAUACAGGCAUGAAGUAUUCGAAACGUGCAUAAUCUGCCGGCAUGGAAACUUUUCUCUUCUUGACUCAGAUGUUUCUUUCAACAGCUUACCACAAUUCGUAGAGCAUUACACAAAGAACCCACUAUACAGCUAUGGAAAGUUAACUGCAGCCUUGGACAAAUUUGAAAAGAUUACAGAUGAAGAAGACAUCAUACCAGAAGAGCUUGAAAAUGAUCCAUAUACACGAGCGCUUUAUGAAAAAGCAAUUGUAGAAGGGAGAGAAAAAGACAACACUAUAAGGGUCAUGGUUAUAGGUUGCUAUGGACAAGGCAAAACGUCAUUGGUAAGAAGAUUAUUAAAACAGUCUUUAGAAGGAGUUGAAACAACGAAUGGAAUAGAUAUACAUAGAUGCGCUAUCAUCAAUGAUAAGGAAUGGGUAAAACAGGGAAGUGAAGACCUGGAUAAGGAAAUUAUCCAGCGUUUGGUUAAAACUAUUAAAUAUGAUACGGACCAUGCAGAAACUCCUGUCAUUUCACAUCAACGAAACGUUGGAAAUAAAGAUGAAGCGUCUACAGAUUUGUACGACCACAUAGGUGCAGCGAAAGACAGUUUCAGCGCGAGCAACGAAAAGACAACUCUUAAUAUCAUGGGACUUACAAUUAUUGAUAAAUCAGAUGGCUAUUCCGCAAAAAAAGAACAAAGGAAUAACAGGCGUGACACGCCACCUGUACAAUAUACAUAUAUGAAUAGACCAACAAUAGAUGACCAAACAUUGAAAGAAUUUCGGACUGAAUUAAAGAGAAUUGAAUCUCUCGAAGAUGAAAGAAUAAACAGAAGUGCAACAUUGAAUAUUUGGGACUUUGGGGGUCAGUUCGUUUACUACGCUACCCACCAAAUAUUCCAUUCGAAACAAGCUGUAUACAUAUUAGUGUUCAAUCUGAGUGUAGGACUGGACUCAAUUGUUAAAGAUGGGGAAUUUCCGUUGCAUAAAAAGACUAUGAGAGAUUAUUUGAAAUUCUGGGUCAGCUCUGUUAACUCAUUUGUUGGAAGUGUAGAUGGAUGCAAACCACCAAUCAUUUUAGUUGGAACGCACACGGAUCAACUUCAGGAGGACGUAAAUGUUGACGACUAUUUUGAAGAAGUGAGAAAAAUAUUUGAUGGAACCUCGUGCAUUUAUCACAUCCAAUCCGAGCAUUUUGCAGUAUCAAACAAAGAUGUACAAGAAAAAGUUAUAGAUCAAUUAUGCAUGUCAAUAACUCAUCUCGGACAGAUACAGCUACAAAGAUGUGUUCCCGCUAAAUGGUUACUUCUCGAAAAAGCUUUGAAAAUGAACAAAACGAAGAAAAUUGUUAGUCUAGAGGAAGUUUUUGAAAUAGACAGCAAAACUGACAGCCCAAUACAAACUAACAGCCGACAAGAAACUAUCGAACAAAUUAAACUUUUCUUGUCAUAUCAUCAUGCCAGAGGAACAUUCUGUUAUUUUGAUGAAAGCAAGUUAUCUGAGUAUGUAGUCUUAGAUCAACAGUUUCUGAUUGACGCUUUCAGAUGUAUUAUCACUUCCGGACAAUUUUGCAAAGUGCGACCAAAAAUGCGAAGUCUCUGGAGUGACCUGUGUGACAAGGCAGUUUUAAGACCAGAACUUCUUGAGGAGGUAUGGACACAAAAUGAUGCUAAUGAUUUUAUUUCGUUUAAGGAAUUGUUGACAGAAUACAUGCAAAAACAUCGCAUUAUAUCGGAAGUCGUAGCUCACGACCCAUAUAGUGAAUGUUCAUUUGAACCAUUAGGAUAUUACAUUGUACCAAGCUUGCUCAAAGUAUCAGAUGACGGUGUAAUAAUUGAAACCUUUUGUAACGGAAAACAAUUGUCAGGAGUGUCAUUUGGCUACGCCCUAGAAAAUGAUUCCAUGGCGCCAGUACUUUUCCAGACAACUUUAUCAGCUCUGAUUGGAAGAUGGCCACUGAUUAGUUUCAAUGAAAAACAUAUUUUGUAUGACAAUCUGGUUGCUUGUGAAUUGAGUAGAGAUCAUGCUGGAGUGUUGAUGUUGAAACAGAACAGAAUUGAACUGCUUGUAGUAAACCUCUGUCCUCCUGACGGCGUAAAAUCUGAAGUAUGUGAUAUGUUUAGAAGGUAUGUUGAAGUAGUUAUCGAUACUGACAUGUGCAAGUGCCGCGGCACAAUUGAAGAUAGACGACUUAUAAAACAUUUGACAGUACGUUGUUUUCAUGAGGACCAUUGUUCAAAAGGAAGCAAUGGCAUAUAUGUCAUCGAUGAUUUGCAGCCUCAUACGGAAGAAAGAUUUCCAUGUCCAGACAAAGGUAAUCACUGUUUGAAAUUUGAAAAUAUUCUACAGGAAUGGUUCCUGCAUGAAGUAGAUUCAGAACAUGUUCCAUGCAGAAAACUGACAAACAAGGAAUACAGUAAACUUUCAAUGGCCAUUGGGCGUAAUUGGCAACAACUUGGACUGGAAUUAGGUCUUGAUCAUAUAGCUAUAGAACAUAUCCAAAUGAAUAAAGAGACAGUAGAUAUGCAGAUAUAUACAAUGUUACAGUUAUGGGAUAAGAAGGAAGCCGAUAGGGCAACGUUAGAUGCCUUAGUCCAUGCAAUUCGUGAAUGUUCCAGGCGACAUGUCAGUAUUAACUGGGAUAUACUGAAAAACGUCAUCAAUGGAUUCUGAUCGUUAGGUGUCAAAUCAGUCGUUUGAAUCUUCGGACACGUUUACUCCAGUUUAGAAAUUACUUACGGCAUUUAAAGAUUAGUGAAUUAAGCCCAUGUAACCUCAGAUUAUAGUGUUUUCCUAGUGCCUUUAUCAUCUAUUAAGUUUCUAAGGUUAAUGGAAACAUUGUUAUAUCAAUUAUCAUUCCUUCUGACUAUAUUUAAGAAAUUUUGCUAUGAAAAUGGGUAACUUAUCAGUAUAUGAUAUUAUAAAAUGAGCUUCUGUUGCCGAAACAUAAAAGUGAAUAUACACUCAAAUGUUGGGAUAAAGGGAUUUCCAAGUAUUUUGUCUAAUUCAUUUAUCUUUUUAUACUCGCACAAUUACAAGAAACAGAAAGAGGCGGUUUUAAUCAAUUUAACCUUGUGCCAUAGCCGUUAUAUGACCAUACGAGAAGUCAAGAAAACAUAUGACAACUCUUUAAAUCCGCAAUUUGACAUUCACAUUAUUAUCAUUUUAUCUUGUUCUUGUUACUAAUGAGUAACAAUAAAAAGAAAAGUGAAAUGUGACAGUGAGUGUUAGCUUAACCAACCUGGCAUAGGUAGGCUCGGUUAACAAAAUCAUGGAAACUCCGCUCCUAUGUAAUUAAAGUCAGAAAAAGUCUACCUUUUUAACAAAGCACAAACGUUUCCACAAUAAGUUAAAGGGUUUGAUUUUCUGUCGGUUAUUCUACAGUUAUUUUACACUGAAAUGCUAGAAAUUAUUAUUAAUUAAUGUAAUAAUAAAUAUUUUUGAAAUUUACUCGUGAAUUUUAAGUUAGCAAUAUCUUAAAUGCCAUGAUUUUUUUUUCAAUUUAUAUCGCAAAUGAAUAUAAAAUAUGGAACAUUAA